AUGGUAGAUGAAGAAGUUGUAAGCCAACCUGAAGAGAAGGGGCCGACGAAUGCUGAGCAAGAGUCGGAAAUACCACUGGAGAAGCAAGAAGUGGUAAGAACUGUUGAGGCCGAACCAGCGGAUGAGGAGUCCCAAGCAGGGGACAAGUCGAUCGCCGCACCUCUCAAGGACGAACUGUCACAGCAAGUGCCAGAGGAGGUGAGUGAUGAACCUCAAGAGAAGGAGAAAAUGCACCGUUUCCGGCUAAGUCACUCAAUACCACCUCCAUCCAUGGACAAAUCAACAGCUUCCGGUCAGUCCCAGAAACCCUCUUCCAAACUCCUCGUGCGAAAGAUUCCUUCCACCCCUCCACCAGAGACCUUGACACCUCCGACCCCUCAAUCAAUGGUGUUGCCAGUCACCGGAAUGAUUCAGCCAAAGGAGACGUCCGUAGGCGAAUCAUACCUUAAGAUCAUCACAGAUAUGAUGGGGAAGUUCAGCCCCACCAGAAAGGUAAGCGAUUUCCUCACCAACAUGGCCGAGGAGAUCAAGAAGGAGGAAGCUCGUCCCAACCCACUUCCUCUCGAAGUUCCUACCACCUCCACCAUGCUAGCUAGAACACCAAAUAUACAAACUCUUGAAGAACCCACACACGAAGCCUCACAUCCCCCGCUGGAGACUCUACGGCUUGGAAUCAAGAAGAGAGAAGCACUGGUGCCUUCACAAACCCUUGAUGUGAAAGCAGUUAGACGGAGUUGCCGUACACAAAGAAGACUUGAUUCGGAAGAACCUAAAAUCUUGUGGGAGGAGGCUGCAAUCUUGACAGCCGCAAAGGGAGAAGCCGCGGAGAGGAAAAGAAAGGGGAAGCAAGUGGCUACCCCUAGCAAGGAUAGGAAGUUGAAGCAGGCAUCAUUGGGCGUGGUUAUCCGAGAGUUCGCUACCGUUCCUACCAAAACAACCCACUGCACGGAAGAGGAGACCGAGGACGAGAGGAGGGGAGAACAGAAGACGAAAGCUAGUAACGACGAGGAGAAUGUCGGAACCUAUGAAAUGAUGGAGGUUGAAUUAGAUCAAAAGCUGCUGGAGGCUAUGGUCUAUUUGAAAGACCCAAAGCUGAGAAAAAUUUGUGCUGGGAGGGUGAUGGAAGCAAGGACGGCGAAGUCAAGAAGGAAGAUCAGGGAGGAUUUCCUAGAAUAUGAGUCAGGGAGGAUUUCCUAG